GUAUAAUUGUGUCCAGUAUUGUGCUGAUCUUGUCCCAGCGAUCACUGUUUAAGUUUUACAUGUACAGCUCGGCCUUUCUCUUAGCUGCAACGUCAGUGCUGGUGAAUUACUACGCUGCUUUGCACAUUGACUUCUAUGGCGCCUACAACACAUCAGCUUUUGGAAUCCAGCUGCUCCCUCGGAAGGGGCCCUCUCUGUGGAUGGCACUCAUCGUCCUGCAGCUGACCUUUGGGAUUGGAUAUGUCACCCUGCUCCAGAUCCAGUCCAUCUACUCACAGCUGAUUAUUUUGAAUAUCUUGGUUCCUGUAAUCGGCUUAAUCACAGAGCUGCCAUUACACAUGAGAGAGACUUUAGUUUUCACCUCGUCUUUGAUUCUCAUAUUAAAUACAGUGCUUGUCUUGGCAGUGAAACUGAAGUGGUUUUAUUACUCCACACGGUAUGUUUACCUGUUAGUGAGGCAUAUGUACCGGAUUUAUGGAUUACAGUUACUAAUGGAGGACACAUGGAAGAGGAUUCGUUUCCCGGACAUCCUUCGGGUCUUCUGGCUAACAAGGAUCACAGCUCAGGCUACAGUGUUAAUGUACAUUUUAAGGAUGGCAAAUGAAAAUGAGUCCUUGUUUAUUUCUUGGGAUGAUUUCUGGGACCUCAUUUGCAAUCUGAUCAUUAGUGGGUGUGACUCCACACUGACUGUUCUAGGCAUGAGCGCUGUCAUUUCUUCAAUAGCCCAUUACUUGGGCCUUGGAAUAUUGGCCUUCAUUGGAUCAACUGAAGAAGACGACAGGCGGCUUGGCUUUGUCGCACCUGUGUUGUUUUUCAUUUUGGCUCUUCAGACUGGCUUAAGUGGGCUGAGGCCUGAAGAGAGGCUUAUUCGCUUAAGUAGAAACAUGUGCCUUUUAUUAACUGCAGUCCUGCAUUUCAUCCACGGGAUGACAGACCCCGUGCUAAUGUCUCUCAGUGCCUCCCACGUGUCCUCCUUCCAUAGACAUUUCCCUGUGCUGUUUGUCUCUGCUUGCCUGUUCAUUCUUCCUGUUUUACUCAGUUAUGUCCUCUGGCAUCACUAUGCACUAAAUACAUGGUUGUUUGCAGUGACAGCCUUCUGUGUGGAACUCUGCUUGAAGGUGAUAGUGUCUGUCACUGUGUACGCGCUCUUCAUGAUUGACGGCUACUACAAUGUCCUCUGGGAGAAGCUGGAUGAUUAUGUCUACUUUGUUCGCUCCACAGGGAACAUUAUCGAAUUUAUCUUUGGAGUCGUAAUGUUUGGGAAUGGGGCCUAUACCAUGAUGUUUGAGUCGGGAAGUAAAAUCCGGGCUUGUAUGAUGUGCCUACAUGCAUAUUUUAACAUCUACUUACAAGUAAAAAAUGGCUGGAAGACAUUCAUGAAUCGUAGAACUGCUGUUAAGAAAAUCAAUUCACUUCCUGAAAUAAAAGGGAGCCACUUGCAAGAAAUAGGCGACGUGUGUGCGAUCUGCUAUCAUGAGUUUACAACAUCUGCCCGGAUGACACCGUGCAACCAUUACUUCCACGCACUCUGCCUUCGGAAAUGGCUGUACAUUCAAGACACUUGUCCCAUGUGCCAUCAGAAAGUGUACAUCGAAGACGAUAUCAAGGAUAAUUCAAAUAUUUCUAACAACAAUGGGUUUAUUGCACCCAAUGAAAAUCAGAAUCCAGAGGAAGCUUUAAGAGAAGACGCUGCUGGACCCGACCAAGAACUGAACGAGGGUGACAGCACAGACGGCGGUGAGGGUGCUCGGAGCGAGAGAGACGGAGGCGCUCAGCACACGGGCGCAGCAGCAGCAGCAUUUCAUGGUGACCCCGAUUAAAGCGGCAUUUACUAAUCAUUGAGGUAUCUGUUUAAAAUUCAGUUCACCCAAAAUGGAGGGAUACGCUUCACGCCAGUGUGUAACCAAGCACAAACGCAGUCUGGAUGUUGAAACUGUGAAUGAUUUUCCGUUUACUGUGAGUGCUCCUGUAAAUAUACCUCUUUAAUUACUUCUGGUCUCUUUGGUGACCUAUUUAAAUUUGUGUACAUUAUUGUACAUAGAAUAAAAUGUUUUCACGUUUUUAUGACAAAAGUUGAACAAAUAACUUCUUAAUAGAGAUAAUCACACGGUGCGUCAGCUGUGCCAAAGAUCCCUCCAGGAAAUUAGAAUGUAUCCAGUGCUGGACCCUGGUUCCCUCCAGGAAAUUAGAAUGUAUCCAGUGCUGGACCCUGGUUUUCCUUUAAAGUCAGUAGGAAAGUGAAAACGCAAAAUAAAGGAACUUCAGUGUAAAAUUAAAGGCGAGAUAAAGAAUGUGCAUAGAAAGGCUAUUGAUUUUGUUUUAACUAAGGGAUGAUAACCUGCUAGAAGCAACCGAGAAACUUGAAGUCUGAGCUGCAACUUAGAGCUGGGUUCAAAAGUCAGAGGCAGGGACUGAGGAUUGAGAAACAGGCUUGGUAUCAGCCAUGCUUUGAUACAAACCAGGGUGUACUGUGUACAAACAUCACUGUCCUUCAGACUUUUGGUGAAAUUACACAAUAAAGAGGUGGUCAUUGUUAACUAA